AGCACAGCACCUGUAGGCCAAAAGUGUGAGUGUGAGGGGAGAAGGUACGAGAAAAACAAAAAGAAAACAUGUCAGGUUCACAGUGCUGUUCAAACCCACCAACUCUGAACCCAAGUGGUGGUAUUGGGCAUGUUGAGAAAGUGGGUACUGUUCAUUCCUACUUCACUGGUUCCCCUCAUUCUAAACUCGCCGUUCUUCUCGCUUCCGAUGUUUUUGGGUAUGAAGCACCAAAUUUAAGGAAGCUUGCAGACAAAGUUGCAGCUGCUGGAUAUUAUGUGGUUGUUCCUGACCUCUUGGAUGGUGAACCGUUUAAUACUCAGGAUUCUAACAGGCCCUUUCCUGCUUGGUUAAAAGAUCAUGGACCGGACAGAGGUUUUGAAGCUGCAAAGCCCAUAAUUGAAGCCUUAAAAAGUAAAGGUGUUACUGCUAUUGCAGCUGUUGGUUGCUGUUGGGGUGCUAAGGUUGUGGUUGAACUAGCGAAAUCCGGACUUAUCCAAACUGCUGUGCUAAUGCAUCCAUCAUUUGUCUCUUUGGAUGACAUAAAGGGUGUUGAUAUUCCAACUGCUAUUCUUGGAGCUGAGAUUGACCAAAUUUCUCCUCCAGAGCUUGUGAAGCAGUUUGAACAAGUCCUAGCUGCAAAAUCUGGGGUUGCUAGUUUUGUUAAAAUAUUUCCUAAAGUUACACACGGUUGGACUGUGAGAUACGACCCGGAAGAUGCAGAGGCUGUGAAGGUUGCGGAGGAAGCUCACCAGGACUUACUGGACUGGCUUGCGAAACAUCAUAAGUGAGAAAUCUUGUUCUAUCAACAUUGUAUCACGGAAUACUAGUGGAGUACGACAAAUGUUGCUACUCAAUCAGGGUAGCUGUAAUGUGCAAGAAAAUAAUUGUUGUAUUAUUUACCUGUUACACAUGGAUCUUAUUGCUAGAUCAUCGUUAAUAAUUUUGCUUUCAGGUGAUUUGAGUUUGUUGUAUGGUUUUGAUUCGAGAUGUUAAUAAAUCAUAUUUUCAGACCUUUAUGUUAAUAUCUUGUUUACUU